AUGGCUCAGGUGCACUAUGGCUGGGGCACUCGAAAAGAACCCAAUUUGCCUAUUGACAUUCGCAUGCUAAAGCGUUAUUGGAUUGUUUCAACACUGACACAUGCGAAGAUAGGAUAUGCUGCGGAAAUUCUCGCUAUUAUUGUUUUGGGUAUCUCCAAAAUCAUUACUUGCCUUUUCUAUGGAACAUUAUUCUCCCAGAUACAGCAUCGGUCCAACCGCCUCGCGUUGGUGGGAAUGGUAAUAUGGAUAGUAAUGGCGAUACUCCUACUAGCUAUUCGAUGUCAUCCUGACCCAUGGGCGGAUAUAAGUGCAGCCCAAUGUGGAAGUCUACUCUCGCACUGGGUCGCUAUCACAGCAAUCGAUAUUUUCACCGAAAUCGUACUCUUCAUAUACUCCGGGAUGGCUAUAUGCAAAGUCAGAAUACCAACGAGCAAGAAGUUAAUAGUAUUCCUGGCUCUCGAGACUCGAAUAAUCGAGUGUGUUAGACUUGUCCCACUCGCCGCAAUUCGCUUAUACUUCACCAAGCGACAACUCGAUUCCAAUGACCCAAUCCUUCUCGGGGCCUUUGCGACCGUCUCUACUGAGAUAUACCUUUCUUUAAGCGUCGUAUGCCUUGUAAGCGCAUUCAUUAAAUCUUUCCUCGCGGUCUACGAAGACAAAAAUGGACUCGCGUACACGGAGCGUGGUUCUGGAUUCGGAUCUAGCGCUGUCAAGCACAGUUCAACGGCGACUGCUUCCAACCCUCGGUCCCAGGCGUCUCAGCGGUUACAGCGACUUAUGGGACGAGAGGGGGAUGAAGAGCCAAUGAUUGAUCCUGUUCAAGGGUCCGGGGGGCUUCAGAUUGUCAAAACUGUGCGGUUGAGCUUGCAUAAUGAAUCUAUAGAGCUUGCGGAUGUGAAUUCAAGACCACCGGAUUUUCAUUAA